AUGUCGCUGCGACCAAAAAAAUCACUAGCUCCAAGGCAGUUCAAAGGAACCUCCAACGAUGUCACGAUUCUGACAUGGAAUCAAGUAAAAAGAUACGUUCCGAGAUCUGAGUUAAUUCUCAGAGUAACCGAGCAAGUAAACGAACAAGAUAUCGAUAGACUAUCAUAUGCCUUGCUCGUCGCAGAAACCGAACAUUCGUUUCGUAAUGAACAAGAGAGUCCCUUAAUGUUUGGUUAUGGUCAGUACACAAGGCAAGGCUUGCUGCAUUCUCUAAAAUGGGAUCAGGAAACCACCGAGAAUUUUUUCAUUGCGCUUUUGCGUUGUGGCAAACAUAAUCCGGAGGAAAUCGCCCGGAGAAUUGGUACAAGUGUAAUAAGUGUGAUGAUGUAUCUUGAUUUGCUGGAACACGAGAUGAAAUACCGCACAAUGACUGGAGAGCUAAAACCAUUGCAUCUUUGUGAAAUUCCAUCGGCUAGGGAGAUGAGUGAUCAAUGGGUGCAGAUGGAAGACAAGCAUAGUAGCUUUUUGUGCGAGAGGGAACAGCGUGAGAUGUUGAUGACCGCGGAUAUUGAGAAUCACCGACCGAUUCCUGAUCAAGUUUUGGCGAAACUCGAUUUGUUUAAUUUGAAAAAUGCUUUACGCUUGGCUUAUCAGUUCUACACUAAAGACACGAACACAGCGAUUUUACGCACUACUUUUGUCUCUCUUUAUGAUCUCUUACAUGACUGGUUAAACGUUGUCAUAAACAACAUAGUAACAAUGAUGCAGGCAUAUCCGAAUAGCAGUCAGCCAGACAACAUGGUAACAGUUGAGCUUGUAAGAGCAGCCUUAGAAUGGCAUGGAUACAUGGAUGAGAAUGAAGAUUCAGAAGUGAAACUAGAAGAGAAUGUUGAGUCAACAAUCACUUUAAUGAGCUCAAGCACUGGAGCAGAAAUUACCUUAGAGUUAUCUGGCGACCAAUUGUCAAUGCAAAAUUCUCAUACUGAAGUCCAAGAAAAUUACAAUCACGUCGACGUACAUCUUUCAUCAGAGGAUACACAAUAUACAAACGAAUUAACUCCGACAGAAAUCAAGGAAGAAAGUGUAAUGAAGCAAUGCAUAAAAGAAGACGAUGAAUUUGAUGCGAAAGAAAAAGAAGUGGAUGCAAUGUACGAGAAAGCACUCGCCGCAGCACUCUUAGGAAAACAUGAUGUGAAAGUAUGGUGUAAUUUCGACAGAAAAUUAUUGAAUCUUGAGAUCGCGGCACAUUAUCAAACUCAGAAAUUUGAUCCAAGAAGAGGGAAUUUGAUCAAAGCAAUAUCCAGCAGUGCCAUCGAACAGACUGACUACGGCAAUGUUGAUAUUAUGAACAAUAAACGAACUGGCCGUCCGCCUACAAAGAUUCUCAACAAAUUUCGGCGGCAUAAGCGAUCACCUUAA